AUGCUUGGCAUUAUCGGUAACAUUGGCGUGAUAUUCUUCACAUUUGGAAAUCGAAAGCUACAAACAGUACAAAAUAUGUUCAUAUUGAAUUUGGCACUUGCCGAUCUGAUCGUCUGCAUGUUCUCACUGCCUCUCACUCCAGUCACUAGUAUUUAUAAGAAUUGGUAUUUCGGCGAACACAUGUGCCACUCACUUCCAUGGAUUCAGGGAGCCAGUGUGUUCGUGGCCACGUUCAGCCUUACCGCAAUCGCCAUUGAUCGAUACCUAAUGGUUGUCACCCCACAUCACAAGAGAAUGACACAAACUCAAGCUCGAUUCGUUAUGGUCUGCUUGUGGAUUAUUUCUGCGCUCAUUACACUACCGUACUCCUGGUUUAUGACUUUAGAGGAGCAUGAAGGCCUAUGUGGGAAGUUCUGCACUGAGGCUUGGCCCAAUGCCAGGUUACGACUGUAA